CGCAAGAGGAGGUCUGCACGCUUAGGCCACACAGUGAGAUAGGCUGAGACUGCCUCAUGUGUUGGGCCUCCUCUGUGUUCUGGUCCCCACCAACCCCCAUCCUCCCAGCAUCAGUGGGAUGUCCCAGGUGUGUCUCCUCUUGGCCUUGCUCAUGCUCUGCAGCUGCACAAAGGUCUCCUCUACGAGUUCCCUGGAGCUUCUGAAGGAGCAGUGGAGCAGCUACAGGAACCAGUGUCUGGAAUACAUUGACACCACGCCGCCCACCACAGGGCUGGUGUGUAACAGGACCUUUGACCAGUACGCCUGCUGGCCUGAUGGACUCCCAGGGACCACUGUCAAUGUCUCUUGCCCAUGGUUCCUUCCAUGGUAUCGUAAAGUCCAGCAGGGUCUGGUCUACAGAGUAUGUGGUAAAGAUGGUCGAUGGGCACCAAAGAAUACCAGCGAAUGUGAGGACGACCCUGGGCAGCAGCAGUAUGGCCGCAUCCUCAGUCAGUUUCGGAUCAUGUAUACAGUGGGAUACUCGCUCUCUCUGGGAGCUCUACUACUGGCCCUCGCAAUCCUCAUCACCUUCAGGAAGCUCCACUGUAUGAGGAACAACAUCCACAUGAACCUGUUUGCCUCCUUCAUCCUGAGAGCUGUGUCCAUCCUGGUUAAAGAUGCCCUGUUGACCCUCACACUGGACCCCAGGAGCAGCAGUGACACUCAGUCACAAGCCUGGGCGAACGCACCGGCUGUGACGUGGUGUCGUGCUGCCAUGGUGAUGAUGCAAUACAGUGUAAUGGCCAACAACUACUGGCUGCUGGUGGAGGGCAUCUACCUACACAGCCUGCUGGUCAUUACUGUGUUCAGUGAGAAGAAAUACUUCUACAUUUACAUGGCCAUUGGCUGGGGUGCACCACUCAUAUUCGUAUUGCCAUGGAUCACAGUGAAAUAUCUCUAUGAGAAUGAGGAGUGCUGGGAAAGGAAUAUUAACAUGGGAUAUUGGUGGAUCAUCCGUUCUCCCAUACUGUUUGCUUAUCUGAUUAACUUCUUCAUAUUCAUCCGAAUUAUCAAAAUCCUGAUGUCUAAACUAAGAGCUCAUCAGAUGAGAUACACUGACUACAAGUUCAGAUUAGCUAAAUCUACUCUGACUCUCAUCCCUCUGCUGGGGAUCCACGCCAUCCUCUUCACCUUCGUCAUCGACGAGUCCGUCCCUAAAGGCUCCAUGCUGCGCCUCAUUCGCCUCUUCUGUGACCUCCUAUUCAACUCCUUCCAGGGCCUGCUUGUUGCCAUCCUGUACUGCUUUGUCAACAAAGAGGUGCAGUCGGAGAUGCUGAAAAAAUGGAAGAGGUGGAAGCUGGGUAAGGACAUUGAUGAGGAGUACCGCCAUACCCACAGCCAAACACCGCACAUCAAGAGCGGCAGCAUCGCUACUGGCAAUCUGCCCGACAAUAAUGCCAGUGAACCCAGCGGUGACUCGCCUCACCUCAAAAAGGCCAACAGAGCUCCUUCCUGCUCCACUGCACCCGAGGAGAACCGCCGAUUAGUUGUCUCCUACAGCAAUGGGACGGGGAAAGGCAAUCCCGCCAAGCGCAAACACACCUUACAGUUGUCUUUUUUGCCCCACCGAAGCAACGCCAGUCAAGCCAGCACUACCACAGAGGACGUGUUUCAGGAAGAGAGGGCGCAGUGCCACACUUACCCUCUGGAAGGAGAGGAGACUAAUGUCUGAGCGGGGGCAGAAAGAUGACCUGCUCUGAAGCCUCAUCACACAAACUCUCAUUGAAUGUGGUCAUCGCUGUUUCAGAUUAGUGUUCAUCAUGCACCAACAAGUCAAGACUG